AUGUCCAUUUUCACCACAAGUUGUGAGGAUUGCAUCCUCUGGAAAACCCUAGACAAAAUGGCUGAAGUCAGGUUUCUGUUGGAAGAGAGAUGGAUUGUGGCCAGGAUCUCCAGCCUGUACAAUGCCUCGGAGACCACCCAAAGAAAGGUAUUGAUGACCCUGCCCCUAUGGAUCGGGAAGCCUGGUGACAAGGCUCCACCCCUCUGUGAGACCAUUCCAGCCUCAGGGGACUAUGUGGUCAAACUUGGAGACAAGGUGGUGGCCUUGGUGGUAAAGUCUGUGGAUGGAGACGAGCAGUGUAUCCUGGCUGGGGUUGUCUGUUACAGUAGCGCAACCGACAAGUAUGAGGUAGAUGACAUGGAUGAAGAAGGUGAAGAGAGACACAUCCUGAGCCGGUGGAAGAUCAUCCCACCACCCCAGUGGAAGGCCAACCCUGAGGCAGACCCCGAGGCCUUAUUCCAGAAGAGGAAGCUCAUUGUGGCCCUGUAUCCCCAGACCACCUGCCAUGCACUCAUCCACACACCCCCCAUGCAGCCCCAGGAUGACUACUCAGUGCUGUGUGAGGACACAUCCUACGCAGAUGGCUCUUCCCUUCCUCUCAAUGUGGCCCAGAGGUAUGUGGUGGCUUGUAAGGAGCCCAAGAAAAGGUGA